UUCAGGGAUGCCGAGGUUCAUUAUCCAACCAGCAGCAGCCAGCGUGCACCUCGGGGACAACCAGGUGAUGGUGUGUGAGGUCAACUCAGACCUGGUGCUCUUCACUCGGUGGGAGAAAGACCGGCAGCCCCUUGAGCUGAACACCAGACUGUUCCAGCUGCCCAGCGGAGCUCUAGUGGUCAGCAACGCCUCAGAGACGGAUGCCGGACUCUAUCGCUGCCUAGUGGAGAAUGUGGGAGCAUCGAAAUCCAGUGAGGAGGCCCAGCUUCAGAUACUGCCAGAAACCGGAGAAGAAAGGAAGCCGGAGUUCAUGGUGCACCCGGCGUCUGUGAGCGGCGUGGUGGGUGCGACGGUGCUGCUGCCCUGCGUGGUCACUGGGUAUCCUGCCCCUCAUGUCCGCUGGACGUUCGGAGACAAGCUGUUAGACGAAAGUGACGCUCGUUUGGAGGUGGUGGGAGGCGGUAGUCUCCAGAUCACAAACCUCACCGAGGACGACACCGGCGUCUAUACCUGCACGGCGGACAAUGCCAAUAGCACCAUCGAGUCCCAGGCCCAGCUCACAGUACAAGUUCCUCCCCGAUUUGCCAAACGCCCGAGCAACAUUUAUGCCCACGAGUCCAUGGAUAUUGUGUUUGAGUGUGAAGUCAUCGGCUCACCGGCGCCAACUGUCAAAUGGGUCAAGAACGGAGACGCCGUCAUCCCCAGUGACUACUUCAAAAUAAUCAAUCAGCACAACCUGCAGGUUCUGGGUCUGGUCAAGUCAGACGAGGGUUUUUAUCAGUGCCUUGCUGAAAAUGAUGUGGGCAACAUCCAGUCCAGUGCCCAGCUUAUCAUCCUGGAUCACGACGUAGCCCUGCCCUCUCCUGUGCCCCCCUCACUCACUCCUAACACUACUGACCAUGUAACACCAGGCUCCAGAGGCGCCGCCAGCCCAGCGGGCCCCGCCCCCUCUGCCCCCAGAGACGUCGUGGCCUCCCUGGUUUCCACCCGCUUCAUCAAGUUAACCUGGCGCCCUCCAGCCGAACCACAUGGGGACGAGUUGACCUUCUCGGUUUUCUACAGCCAGGAGGGCACCAGCAGAGAGCGAGUUGUGAACACCAGCCGUCCCGGAGAGAUGCAGGUCACCAUUCAGAACCUGAUGCCAGACACCAAAUAUCGCUUCAGAGUCGCAGCCCACAACAGCAACGGCCAAGGAGAGAGCUCUGCUGCGCUGAGAGUGGCCACCCAGGCUGAAGUACAAGUGCCUGGCCCCGCCCCCAACCUGCAAGCAGUGUCGAACUCGCCUACUUCCGUCUCCCUCAGCUGGGACACGCCCCCCACCGGCAAUGGCGAGAUCGUCACCUACAAGUUGUACUACACAGACAAAAGUCUGGGCACCGAACAGGACACUGACAUCGGCAGUCAGUCCUACACCAUGACUGGGCUGAAGAAGAACACAGAGUACAGUUUCCGUGUGGUGGCCUACAACAAGCACGGCCCAGGUGUCUCAACUGAGGAUGUCACCGUGCGAACCCUGUCUGACGUGCCAAGUGCUCCGCCUCAAAAUCUCACUCUGGAGGUGCAGAACUCAAAGAGCAUCGUGGUCCGAUGGCAGCCCCCACCUCUUGGUGCACAGAAUGGCGAAAUCACCGGAUACAAGAUCCGUUACCGGAAAGGCUCACGGCGGAGUGAGGCAGCCGAGACCACUGGAGGAACGCAGAUUUCUAAACUCAUCGAAGGUCUGGAGCGGGGAACGGAGUAUUCCUUCCGGGUGUCAGCCAUGACUGUGAAUGGCACAGGACCAGCCACCGAGUGGACAACCGCAGAGACGUUUGAGAGCGACCUGGAUGAAUCACGAGUACCGGACAUCCCCAGCUCUCUCCAUGUCCGCCCGUUGGUCAACAGCAUCGUGGUGAGCUGGACGCCGCCUGAGAACCAGGACAUCGUGGUGCGCGGUUACACCAUCGGCUAUGGCAUUGGCAGUCCCCACUCCCAGACCAUCAAAGUGGACUACAAGCAGCGUUACUACACUAUCGAAAACCUCAAUCCGAGCUCCCAUUAUGUGAUCACUCUGAAGGCUUUCAAUAACGUGGGUGACGGGAUUCCUGUGUACGAGAGCGCCAUCACAAGACCGCAGUCAGAACCCAUAGAUGUUGAUAUGUAUGAACUCUUCCACACUCCACACACCCCAGUACCAGAUCCCACCCCCAUGAUGCCGCCUGUGGGUGUUCAAGCCUCUGUGCUGAGCCACGACACCAUCAAGGUAACCUGGGCUGACAACUCACUGCCUAAGAACCAAAAGAUCACCGAUAACCGCUACUACACUGUGCGCUGGAAGACCAACAUUCCUGCCAACACGAAGGUGAAGAUGGCCAACACCACCAGCCUGAACUACAUGGUUACUGGACUAAAGCCAAACACACUGUACGAGUUCUCCGUCAUGGUGACCAAAGGCCGCCGCAGCAGUACUUGGAGCAUGACUGCCCAGGGCACCACCUUCGAGACCAUUCCCAGCUCCUCCCCCAAAGACGUGACGGUGGUGAGCAAAGAGAACAAACCUCGCACGAUAAUCAUCAACUGGCAGCCGCCAUCUGAAGCCAACGGCAAGAUCACAGGAUAUGUCAUCUACUACAGCACUGACGUAAAUGCCGAGGUCCAUGACUGGGUUAUUGAACCAGUGGUUGGUAACCGUCUGACCCACCAGAUCCAAGAACUAACUCUGGACACCACCUACUAUUUCAAGAUCCAGGCGCGAAACUCCAAAGGCAUGGGCCCGAUGUCUGAUGCCGUCCAGUUCCGCACGCCCAAGACCGAGUCCUCUGACAAAAUGGCUAAUGACCAAGCCUCAAAUCUGCCUAUGAAGCCUGGAAGCAACCAGUCUCCUCCAGACAGCUAUGGUCCUGCACUUGGUAAACCCGGGAUAACAGGCAGCAGUGAAAAUCAUAUCUUGAUCAUUGUCAUUAUCAUCUCAGUGGGAGCCUUCACCAUCAUCGUGGUGGUGGUGGGGGCGUUCCUGUGCACACGGCGCACCACAUCCCACCAGAAGAAGAAGCGGGCUGCCUCCAAGUCCUCCAACGGCUCCCACAAAUACAAAGGAACCUCCAAAGACCUGAAGCCGCCUGACCUGUGGAUCCACCACGAGAGGCUGGAGCUGAAGCCUUUGGAUAAAUCUCCAGAGCCGAACCCGGUUAUGACAGAAACACCCAUCCCCCGCACCUCACAGGACAUCACGCCGGCGGACGGCGGCCUGGACAGCAGCAACCCGCACCUGCAGCAGAGACGCAACUCGUACCGUGGCCACGAAUCAGAGGACAGCAUGUCGACACUAGCAGGCCGACGAGGGAUGAGGCCUAAAAUGAUGAUGCCUUUCGACGCACAGCCGCCUCAGCCUGUGAUUAGCGCUCACCCCAUCCAUUCCCUCGAUAACCAUCAUCACCAUUUUCACACGAGCAGCCUGGCGUCACCGACACGCAGCUACUUCUACCAUCAGGGCAGCGGGAACCCGCGCCCACACGCCUGCACCACCCCCAUCUCCCAUCUAGACAGGGUGGAUUCUACAGAGUCUGUGAGGAACACUCCCAGUUCGGAGCCCCUGCCAGCUGUGGCCACUUCCUCCCAGGCCUCCUGCCCCUCUGAGAUCCUGGCCGACCCUGACAGCAGCUACCAUGGCUCCAGCACCGCGGAGGAGGAACCAAGCUACGCCAGCAACCUGCCCCCCCACCGGCCAGCACACCCGCACGCUCACGCCCACCCGCUCAAGAGCUUCGCGGUACCCGCCAUCCCAGCCGGCAGCCACCCGGUGUAUGAGUCACCUGCUCUGCCCAGCACCCCCCUACUGGCACAGACCGGACCGCCCACUCACCCACACGUGGUGAAGACCGCCUCCAUUGGCACUCUGGGUAGGACGCGCACGCCCAUGGCUGUUACUGUGCCCAACGCCCCCGACGUACCCGAGACCAGCAAGAUGCUGGAGGAUGUGGAUAGUGUGCUUGCCUCCCUCCCCCCCUGUCCCUCCCCCGCCCCCCGCAGUAACCCUGUUCCUCUCCUUCAGAGCUACGAGCCGGACGAGCUGACCGAGGAGAUGGCCCACCUGGAGGGCCUGAUGAAGGACCUGAACGCCAUCACCACAGCGCCAUGAGCGUGCACACCUUGUGCACACACACAAACACACAUACACAAACUCACACUCUACAUAUAAAAACACACCCGAACGUGACGCUUCGGGACCGGACGCUGGCGGACAUGAGACACUUGCGUCCCCCUGCAGAGGGGAAAAAAAACUCCAAACUGAAACUUGCAGGAACUUUUUUGUUUUUCUUUUUUGGUGUACCUUGCUCAGUCUCAGGAAGGAGAUUGCCAUGAGAGGGAAGAAUCGUGAGGCGCGCUGCCUUUUUCCUGGUGAGCCGUUCUCACAGACAGUGAACCGUUAUUAACGUUGGACGAUUGUGAAUUUCUCCUCAGCAAAAACAGGCAGGUUUGGAGGUGGAGACGGACUGGAGUGAAAAGGAGAAAGUCCCGACGUGUGCUGGUAUCGAUGUUGGUGCUCGUGCAGCGCGGCCUACACACAGUGUUUGUUUGGUUCGUGUUCCUUUGUGCAUUUUGUGUAUCUGUUGGCCCGUUUCCGUGACGUGAACAUAUCAGCCUGCAUUAUUCACAUUUUUACCCUUCGUGUCAUUUUAUGUGCCAUGAUUCUUGUUUUUAUCUUAUUGUAUUAUUUUUACACACAUAUCCAUAUGAACAUGUACAUAUUUUAUGUGUUUUGUUUUGUUUUUUUUUACUGCCUCAUUCUUUUGUUUUCCAUUUGUUGUUAUUUGGGAUUAAAGUUGACAGCGGAGAGUUUUUCCACGUUACACUUUGAAUGGAUUCGCCUCCUUUUGUACAUUAAAGUAUUUUCAGAGUUUGUUUGUUUGUUUGUUUGUUUAUGGGAGUUCCGUUUCAAAAACCAGCAUGUUUGUACGUGUGAUAGUCUGGAUGACGCGAGUCGCACUGUCACAGCCGCACCUGGUUACAUCAUCGUGUGGGACGCUGGUCAGCGAACCAAACACUCAGGGCAUGCCCCCCCCCCCAAAAAAAAAAAGAAUAACAAAAACAAGAACAAUCACAAGUUCUCUUUUGUACGCCUGGUUUGAUUCCAUGUAUGUUGCCACCAUCUGUGCCGUGCGUCCCACGGCGGCACUCUCUACGAGUUGGGUUUCAACAUGUCCGCCGCUUCUUUUUCAAAUAAAAUACAAAGACGUUGACUUUUUGAAACGGACUCCCAGAUUUUUUUAUUAUUAUUUUUUUUUUUUACAUGCUGGUUUUUGUAUGAAGAAGAUAAAAAAGCUUGUUCUGUACACAGUUCCAAUGUUUAAAAAAAAAACAAAAAACAAAAAAAGAAGCUAGUUUUUCAUUACCGUCUUACCCAAAAAAUUCUGCUCUACUUUUUUGAACACCGUGUUCCUCAUAAAAGUGCGUCAUCAUGAAUGCCAAUAAAAGUGUACGAGAUUUGAAGUACAGACACAAGGAACAGGUUUUAAGGCCAAAAAAAAAGAUUGGAAGUAGGGGGCUAAAAACGGAGCGGAACCCAUUUGGGAAAUACCAAUCUGUCGAGAUGUAAACAGUUGCACCUGUAUUGCACUUUUUCACAUUUCUUACAUAAGUUGUGUUUUAAAUAUCAAGCUGUGUAACGUAGUGUCUUAGAAAGCAGCAGGCAGCUGGUCUUUUGUUUUUUAUGGGAACGUUCAGCUCGCUGCUCACCAUGAGGAAUUCUGUUGUUGCUUGUUCAUGUGCAAAGCUUUCUUUGCUUUCUGUAGAAAAAUUCUGUGGCUUUUUAAAAAAAAUGGUGAAAAAGUUUGGAUUAAAAAAAAAUGUUUUUUAUUGGUGCUCCUAUACAUUGUGUAUACAAACUAUUAUGAAUACUAACAAAGUCAA